AUGUUCCCUACUCGCAUGCUGCGCAUGCAGCCUACUCGGGCCUUUGCCUUUGCUUCCCCGAAGGAGCCUCACUCCGCCCACACCAUCUCCCAGCGUCUGCGUCAGCUCAAGCGUGUUCCCCCAGAAUUGCUCCCCAUUGGAUUCGUUCUUGCUGUUGCCCUCGGCGCUGCCGUCUACUCUUGCGGCAAGAAGCUGAUGACCGACAAGACCUUGCGUCUCUACCGCAACAGCCCCGAGAGCCGUGAGCACUAA